UGGCGGUGGUGGCGGUGGUGGCGAGCGAAGACGCACGAUGGUGAUGGUGGUGACGAUGAGCGCCUCUGGACCAUGCUGCCCCUCAUAAGGAGCGAGUCUCUUGACAGUGACAUCGAGCAGAGGGUGCAUGUGAAGUUCUACGUGCACGAAAAGACGUUCAAGGAACGCUGCAAACUUUUCUUCAUCAAGAACAAGCGAUCGAGCCUCCGCAUCCGCGUGUUCAACUUCGCGCUCAAGGUGCUGACGUGCGUGCUCUACGUGUGCCGCGUGGUGCUGGACGACCCCAAGGACAAUGGCUACGGCUGCUGGGAAUGCCCCAAGCAGAACUUCACGGAAUUUGAUGCCAACGCCCCAAUUAACUGGCGGCUGAUCUGGUGGGUGGACAGGGGAAUGUUCUUCUGGGUCUCCCAGGUGGCUCUGGCCAUCAUCAGCCUCCUUGAAACGAUGCUUCUCAUGUUCCUCAACUACAAGGGAAACAUCUGGGAGCAGGUGCUGCAGGUUUCGUUCGUGCUGGAGGUCGUCACGACCAUUCCCUUCAUCAUCACGAUAUUCGUCACCCACCUGCGCAGCGCCUUCAUCCCGGUCUUCCUCAACUGCUGGCUCGCCAAGCUGGCACUGCAAAACCUCAUCAACGAUCUGCACCGCGCCAUACAGCGUGCCCAGUCGGCCAUGUUCAACCAGGUCCUCAUGCUCAUCUCCACGCUGGUCUGCCUCAUGUUCACAUUCAUUUGCGGCAUCCAGCACCUGGAGCGCGCUGGCGGCAGCCUGUCGCUCUUCGACUCCCUGUACUUCUGCAUCGUCACCUUCUCCACCGUGGGAUUCGGCGACGUGACGCCACAGAUCUGGCCCUCUCAGCUCCUCGUCGCCUUCAUGAUCUGUGUGGCACUCAUGGUGCUGCCCGUACAGUUCGAGCAGCUCGCCUUCCUGUGGAUGGAGCGGCAGAAGUGCGGCGGCAACUACAGCCGCUACCGCGCGCUCACAGAGCGCCACGUGGUGCUGUGCGUGAGCUCCCUCAAGAUCGACGUCCUCGUCGACUUCCUCAACGAGUUCUACGCUCACCCCCUGCUCCAGGACUGCUUCGUGGUGAUCCUCUGCCCGUCGGAGAUGGACCCGCAGGUUCGCCACGUCCUGCAGAUCCCCAUGUGGUACCAGCGCGUCAUCUACGUGCAAGGCUCGGCGCUCAAGGACCAGGACCUGGCACGCGCCAAGAUCGACAGCGCCCAGGUGUGCUUCGUGCUGACCAGCCGCAACGAGGAUCGCAUCGCCGCGGACCAGCAAACCAUCCUGCGGGCGUGGGCCGUGAAAGACUUUGCGCCGGGCUGCCCACUCUACGUGCAGAUCCUGAGACCCGAAAACAAGUUCCACGUCAAGUUCGCGGACCACGUGGUGUGCGAGGAGGAGUUCAAGUACGCGCUGCUGGCGCUCAACUGCGUGUGCCCCGCCACGUCCACGCUCAUGACGCUGCUGCUGCACACGUCCCGCGGCCAAGAGGGGCGACAGUCCCACGACCCCUGGCAGCGGAUGUACGGGCGGUGCUCAGGGAACGAGAUCUACCACAUCCAGCUGUCGGACAGCAAGUUCCUGCGCGAGUACGAGGGCAAGAGCUUCACGUACGCCGCCUUCCACGCGCACAAGAAAUAUGGCGUGUGCCUGAUCGGCGUGCGGCGCGACGGGGGCUCCACGCGUCUCAACCCGGGCCAGCGCCACCUGCUCUCCGCCGCCGACAUCUGCUUCUACAUCAGCAUCACCAAGGAGGAGAACUCGGCGCUCUUCGUCCGGCAUGCCGGCGGCGGCGGCAGCGGCGCCAACAAGGCGGGGGGCUCUGGCCCCGUGGGCAACGCGCCCAACGGGCACCUAUCCGGGCACCCGUUGGGGCACCCGCCCGGGCCACCCCGUGAGAGUGACGGCAGGGAGUUUGCUGCCACGAUCGGCUCCGUGUCGCUGGACCUGCGGACCCUCAUGGAGCGCCGCUGCUCGUCCUCGUCGGCCGGCCACGCCGUGGGGCCGUGUGGCCCCGGGGGGGCCGCCGGGCCCGGCGGCGGCGGCGGCAUCUGGAUGUCCAUGUCGGAGGGUCGCCGCUGCUCCAUCGCCCCGGUGCUCGAACUGCCCGACCCCAACGGAGCUGAGCUGCCCUCUGACCUCCUGGAGGACGACGAGGAGGACGACGACGCGAUGACCUGCGAUGACGAGGACUCUCCGGGCACUGCGUGGAUCAAGGGUUACCCCAUGAGCUUCCCCUACAUCGGCAGCUCCCCCACCCUGUGCCACCUCCUGCUGGGCAAGGUGCCGCCCUGCUGCCUGCGUCUCGACCAGGCGUGCGAACACAACAGCCACGAAGAUGCUCAGGCCUACAACUUCAAGAACAAACUGAUCAUCGUGUCGGCGGAGACCGCCGGUAACGGCCUCUACAACUUCAUCGUGCCUCUCCGGGCCUACUACAGGCCACGCCGCGAGCUCAACCCGAUCAUCCUCCUGCUCGACAACCCGCCCGAGUCGAGCUUUCUGGAGGCGAUUUGCUACUUCCCAAUGGUCUACUACAUGGUGGGCUCCAUUGACAACCUGGACACGCUGCUGCAGUGCGGCAUCAUCCGCGCGGACAACAUCGUCGUGGUGGACAAGGAGAGCACGAUGAGCGCCGAGGAGGAGUACAUGGCCGACGCCAAGACCAUCGUCAACGUGCAGACCAUGUUCCGGCUCUUCCCGGGGCUGAACAUCAUCACCGAGCUCACACACCCGGCGAACAUGCGCUUCAUGCAGUUCCGGGCCAAGGACAGCUACUCGCUGGCUCUCGCCAAGCUGGAGAAGCAAGAGCGCGAGAAGGGCUCGAACCUGCCCUACAUGUUCCGCCUCCCGUUCGCCGCGGGCCGCGUGUUCAGCGUCAGCAUGCUGGACACGCUGCUCUACCAGUCGUACGUGAAGGACUUCAUGAUCCCAAUCAUGAGGCUGCUGUUGGGCCUGGACACCACCCCCGGAUCCGGCUAUCUCUGCGCCGUGCGCGUGACGGAGGGCGACCUGUGGAUCCGCACGUACGGACGGCUCUACCAGAAGCUGUGCUCCUCCUCGGGAGAGAUCCCCAUCGGCAUCUUCCGCACCGAGUCGCACGACUUCCCCAUGGCCGAGUCCCAGAUGAUAAUGAAGUCAAACUCCCGGGUGUCCAUGGGCGGCUACGACACAUUCGACAGGGGCGGCGGAGACCACCCUCAGGAUUCGCUGCUGAAUCUCGGCGGCGGCGGCUGCCGCCGGUUCAGCCUCCCGGUACCAACCCUCCCGUGCGAGCGCUCGCUGCCCCGCUCGCCGGCCUCCGAGCCCCCCUCCGAUGUGCCGCUGCUGCGCCGCAAGAGCCUGCAGUGGGCCCGCCGCUUCACGCGCUGCAGCCCGCGCGUCAGCGUCUCCAGCCUCGGGGGCGGCAGCGGCGGCGGCGCCGGCGGCGCCGGCGGUGGCGGCGCCAGCGGCGGGGGGGGCGGAGGAGCGGGGGGCGGCGGCGGCGCCGGUGGCCGGCCGGGGUCGUCUCGCCGCGCCGCCGACUGCAUCAACUGGCAGCGCAUGGCGCUGUUCCGGCGCUCGGAGAGGCAGGAGCUGGGCGAGCUGGUGCGCGGGCGCAUGCGCCACCUGGGCCUGCCCACGCAGGGAUACGAUGAGAUGGGAGACAACGAGAACAUGCUGUCGUACGUGCUCGUCAACCCGCCGCCCGACACGCCGCUGGAGCUCAACGACAUCGUCUACGUGAUCCGGCCCGACCCUCUGACCUCCGUGGCUCAGGAUCUUUCGCAACGCGAUUCAAGCGCCCUGGACGCAGGCGACACCAAGCUGUGACCGAGAUGGAAGCCGAGGAAGAGGGGAGGGCGAAACAAGACGCGAAAACCUCGCCCUGACGCUCGCCUUGUCCUGUACUGAGCCACAAUGCCGGCUACGUGGGUUGUCCGGUUGACCCCUGACCCGAAGUCGUCAUUCCCGCCUCGGUUCGCUUGACUUGAGAGUAAAUGAGCACACGGCAGCGACGUUGUCAAUGACUGCGCUGGCGAGACAACCUAGGUUACGAGCGUUGCGUAUUCAUAAACAUACUGUACUCACUUAGGGUGCGUAGAACCCCUCUUAACGAUGGUAAUUGGUUCAACGGAACCAGUUGUUAAGCGAUUUGGUCGUUAAGCGAGUAUAGUAAAUACACGUGAAAUGCUUAAUUCGUUCCAAUAGCAUCGAAAGUUACCCCAUUUUCACACAAAAAAACGUACUUUAUCGUAUUUAAACAAUGGAUAAUAAAACGUAAAUAUACUAACAACAUUGUAAACACGUAAUAUUAAAAUAAACAUGGUUAUUAAAUGCACUAAUACAUAUUUACUGUACAUACAACAGCCCGUCGUUAACAGGGGAAUGAUCGGUAAGCGAACACAUUGGGCACUAUGGAGGCACUACACUACUAUACACUACACUGCUAUACACUACACUACUGUACACUACACUAUACACUACUAUACACUACACUACUAUACACUAUACUACGCUAUACACUACGCUAUACACUACACUACUAUACACUACACUAUACACUACACUACUAUACACUACAAUACUAUACACUACAUUACUAUGCACGACACUAUACACGACUAUACACUACACUAUACACUACACAUUCGGCUCUAUGGAGGUCCGUCGUUAUGUGAUUCGUCAUUAACACGUGUGGUCGUUAAGAGGAGUUCUACUGUACACCACUAUACACUAUACUAAUAUACACUACACUACUAUACACUACACUUUAUACUCCGAUAUUAUACACUACACUAUACACUACACAUUGGGCUGGUCGUUAAGAGGGUUCGCUCCUGUGUGUUGCUGGCCACAUUAUCCACUUCCAGUGUCACACCCCCACCCACUAUCCCCUCCCCCGCCCGCCCCAAGUUUUCAUUUUUGUCUGAACACAUAGAAAACCUCCUGAGUUAAAGAUGCGAGCGGUAGGUGGCGCCACCUGAGCAGUGGGCGGAGCUACGUGGAGCUGUGGGCGUGGCCAGCAGCUGGGUGGCCGUGGCUAUGUAAAAGUAACGUGGGAGGGGCUUACAGCUCCCCACGUGUGUCAAAAUUGAGCCCACCCCCAACCAGCCCCGCCCCCCCAACUCUUCCAAGUGUAUCGUGGCUUGUGUGGCAGGAUUGUGUGUCAGAGGUCGCAAACGGGUUUUGAUUCCUUAACCGUACCCGGCCGCACCCGUACCCUAACCGUACCCGGCCGGGUACGGGUAUCGGGUACCUGAUUGCGACCUCUGGGAUGAAGCCAUGUUGCAGGCGCGGGUGGGUUGAUUCUAGGAAGUUGAAUUGUGAGAAGAGACAAGACGUUGGGAAAUGAGUGACAAACAGUUACUCACCAGUGACUCACGGUCUACCCGUACCCGUACCCGGCCGCACCAGGGUCGCAAACAGGUACCCGUACCCGGCCGGGUACAGGUAGCCAGGUAUCGGGUAGGGUACGGGUAUCGGGUACCCGGUUGCGACCUCUGUUGUGUGUUCGUUUGUGACGUGCAUUUAAAAACGAUGCAUAUAUCUAAACAACAGGAAAGCUUUCAGUUUCGUUACAUUUUCUAAGCAAGCCAAUUUUACAUUUACAUAUUUUGUUUUAGAAAUGUGUGAUCGGCAGUAGUAAUUUCUCAUUACCGUUGGCGAAAAUGCGAAUUGGGUCAAAUACCGCAACUAUACCAAAUACAAUUUGUGUGAUAUAAUAAUGCUCGACAAAUCAUAUUAAUCACCCAGUACAUAAGUUACGGACGUGCAUGCCGUCAUCCGUCCAUUCCGUGUGGGAUUUAGUGUCACUCCCUAAUAUACGUGAGCUUCCUUCACAUGCUCCAGUUCCCUCCAAAAUGCGCUUAUUUAAUCCAAACCUGUCAACCCCUUAUCAGUGCCUACCUUAUUACAGACCAAUUCAGACCGUAUUGGUCACCCCGUGCCCUUACAAAUCUCAACGUUCAUCCUACAAAGUCCCGUCAUAAGGGAGAAACACAAACAGACAAAAUCGUUUUGCCCGUAUUGAAACGGCUGUACGCCGUAUGGACCUGAAAACUCAAUUUCCCUGUACAGGAAUACAGGGUAAACCGUAUGGGUUGACAGGUACGUUAAUAUAUCGAGGGCCAGAGAGUUAGGCUAAUUGUUGGCAGUGGUGGCUUACUUGCCUGUGCGUUGUGGGCUACCAGUUGACCUUAAAUAAUAUGUACAUCUCAUUUCAAGGUUGUGGUCCUGGUGAGACGACGUGCGCUCAUCAGUUCCACUCCAAAAUUUCGAAGAAAAGAGAUCGGCAGACAAUUCAUAUCGCACAAACCACUCGCAUAGAGAUGCCCAGAUUCCAAUAGAGACCCACAGAUUCCCAUACAGACCCACAGACUUCAAUAUAUUUACGUAAACACAGACCCACAUAGAGACAUGGACACAUUAAAGUAUUCGAAAUAGAGAUAUUACAUCUAAAAUAAAUAUUUUACAUAGAAUAAAGAAACCCAAUUAACCAAAAAAGUAGCAAAUGUCAUAAGAAAAAGGUUAGACAUGUAUAACGUUGUUGUGAAGCUAAGUGUGUGCACGUAGAAGAUUAAUUUUCACGCGUCGCUUUGCUGUGAAUAUUAUCGUAGCUUGACUUACGCCUUUGCUUAGAUAUUACCUGGAUCGGUCAGCCUCAUAUUGUGAUAUUAGCCGGGGUGGUGGUGGUGGCGGUGGUGGUGGCGGCGGCGGUGGCGGCGGUGGCUACGCUGCUGCUGCUGCACGUGGCUGCCUGCAGUGAUCGAGCGCUGUGGAGGCAGCAGCAGAGAGGGUUGGUGGAUCACCGCAGACAGAGGCGAUGUGUGACACCUCCCUUCCCGUGGGGGUCGAGGAAGAGCCGUACCCUGGCUCUGCCAGGAGAUGGCGGCACAGCAAAAAUGUGGACUCCAUCUCAUACCUGUCAAUCCUUUAUCAGUGCCCUCCCUGCCUUAUUACAGACAAAUUCAGACCUUAUUGGUCACCCUGUUGCCCUUAUACAUCUCAACGUUCAUUCUACAAAGUACCAUCACAAGGGAGAAACACAAACAAAUAGACCAAAAAUGCCCAUAUUGAAACAGCUUUCUGCCUUAUGGACCUGAAAACUCAAUAUCCCUCUACAAUAAUACGGAGUACACAAUAUGGGUUGACAGGUAUGAUGCCAUCUGUUCUGUCUAUAUGGGAUAGAGUGUUUCCCCAAUACAGACGGGAGAAAUACUUACCUAUGUGUAAACACAUCAAUUGGCCGAUAACACCUUGAUAUAUAGAGGGCAAAGCUUGGAUAAUUGUUGGCACCGGUUUACCACCUGGCUUGGUGGCUCCUUCCUGCCCUUCACACUCGUUUCGUCGUUGCUUCCGGCGCCUCUGAGUCAUUCUCUCUCGCUCUCUCUUCCUCUGCGAGGCUGGAACAGGCCCAGCGGGCGGGCGACAGAGAGGCGGAGAGUUGUCUGUCGUGGGGGUGAUUCCUCGUUUUUUAUUCGUUUCGCUGGGGCUCAUUGCCCAACCCCGCUACGCCACUGGAUGGAGGCGAUUUUCCAUACUCAUAAUUUCGUGGAUAUGAACCAGACGGUGGAAGUUAAUACGACUUUCCAAUUUCGUACCAGGAGGGACUUUCCAUGCGAGCCGUAGCUACUCGCCGCGUGGUGGCCGGAGCUAAGGUGCCUUCCUGAUAUCGUGAUGAUCGUCAAAAUCGUGAAAAUUGACAUGUUAUUGUGAAAAAGUGACAAUGCGCGCGAACGUACUGACCAUUUGGCCUUGACCGCAUCUGCGACACUCCAAGCUUUGCUACUUGGGUGUGAUUCUAUGCCUAUAUUACCUUGAAUUAACAGGAGAGUUCAACCUCUGCAGGUCCUACCAAUUCCUCGCUAGGCCCCACCAUACUUAACUCCUUAGACUCCCUCCCCCUUCCUUUAGCAUCUCCUCUUCCUCUUGAGGCUCUGCGCCUUUCCUUUUUAGGCCACGCCUCUUUUUGCGUGAGCCCCGCCUCUUUCUGUUUAGCCUCCGCCUCUUUCAGUGCAGGCCCCACCUCCUUCUUCCGGCGGGGGUCAGUGGGCGUGGUAGGCAUUGGGCAGGGUCACGACACCACCAGAGGGCCGCCGUCCACGCGGACGUCCGAAGAAGCGAUGGAUCGAAUAAAGCAAGACAUGAAGAUGGUCAACGCAUCCCCUGAAGAUGCCCUGUACUGAGCCAAAUGGAGAAGACAAUGCCGAAAAGCGGACCCUGCGCCACAGCGGGAACAACGCUAGGAAGAAGAAGAAGACUUAGAAUUUAUAUAUUUCGAAUGCCGUAUGUGCCAGUGGGCUGCGGUAGACGUGUUCGUGUAAACAGUAGUUUUGUGGGAUUUUAUUUUUCCGCAGCCAAUAUUAUUCGCAACUGUUUUAGUUUUUUUUUGGGGGGGGGGGGGGGGGGGAGUCUGGCCACUUCAACCCCCCUCCGAUAUUUUCCUGUCACCACGAGGCCCUCUCCACCGGCCCUGACGAUUCGAAUGUUUGGCUUUAAGGUCCGGGUUUGGCGAUGGAGGGUUUAUUUUCGGAAAUUUCGCCGAGGCUUAUUUGGUAGCGGCCUAACUUUUGACGUUAGUUUCGGAUCAACGCAGUACCGUAUACAUGUGUUCGUAUUAAGGGGCCGUCCAUAAAUGACGUCACGCACCUCGGGGGGGGGGGAUCAGACAUUUGUGACGAUGUGUGACGAUGGGGGGGGGGGGGGGGUGAGAAAUGUGAUGUCACAUCAAAAUGCGCAACUUUAAAUAAAUUAUUAAAUUAUAGAUAACACGUUCUACUUAAUUAAAUAGACUUUUUGAUAUUUUCUCCUACAUCAGAGUACAGCGCCACAUUAAAUACGCACUACAAUGACAAUAGUUUAAAGCAAUUUGAAGCAUGUUGUAUUUUAGGGGGGGGGGGGGGCAGAGCUUUAUGACGUCAUAUUUGAGGGGGGAUCCGACUUUGUGACGCCGUGUGACGAGGGGGGUAAAAAAUCGUCCAAAAUCGCGUGACGUCAUUUAUGGACGGCCCCUAAGCCGUUUCGUGCAUUCUAAAUCGUAGUAAAAUCACUGUCACGAAAUCGUGCUUUAGGGAUGGCUGAACCGCAGAAUAUCUGUUGCAGACUUUUGUCGCGGGAAAACUUUCUUGUCCGUGCAAUCGUGAGUGAUGGUCGUCUCGUGGAUGAUGAUGAUGGUGGUGGUUUAUUGACGAUUUCUUUCAAAUAUAUCACACAAGCGUUUGUACAUUU